GAAGAGAAGAAAAAGGAAGAAAAACCCAAAGUGAACUGGAGGGAGUGGGUUGUCGAUCCCUCUGAGGAGUUCUACUAUGGCUGGCUGCAGGUCAUGAUUCUUCCCAUCUUCUACAACUGGGUCAUCAUCAUCUGCAGGACCUGUUUCUACAUGAUUGAGCAGUCUUACCUAGCAGCUUGGUUAACCUUAGACUACAUCUCCGAUCUUGUCUAUGUUGCUGACAUGUUCAUCAGAAUUCGCACUGGUUUCCUGGAGCAGGGCAUCCUGGUUCGGGACCUGUCCCGACUGAAACAGCGCUACCUGCGUUCGUCCAGGUUCCGGUGGGACGUGGCGUCCCUGCUUCCCACUGAUCUGCUGUACCUGCAUUUCGGCAUCCACACGCCCCUGGUGCGAGUCAACCGCUUCCUGCGCACGCCGCGCCUCAAUGAGGCGCUGGAUCGCAUGGAGACCCGCACGGCCUACCCAAACACCUUCCGCAUCGUCAAGCUCAUGGUCUACAUCUUUGUGCUCAUCCACUGGAACGCGUGCCUCUACUUCUCCUUAUCGCGAUACAUUGGCUUUGGUGCGGACCGCUGGGUCUACCCCAACAUCUCCAACCCCGUCUUCGCCUCCAUGAGGCGCCAAUACUUCUAUUGCUUCUGGUUCUCCGCCCAGAUCUUCACUACGGUGGGGGACACUCCCCUUCCCUCCCGUGAGGAAGAGUAUCUUUUCAUGAUUACUGACUUGCUGAUCGCUGUGUUGGUGUUUGCUUCCAUCGUGGGAAAUGUAGGGAGCGUCAUCACCAACCUCCGCGACCGUGACAACGUGUUCUUUCCCAAUCAUGAGCUAGUGAAGAGCUACUUGCGAAGUCGGCGAAUCAGCAAGGAACUGCAGGGGCGUGUGAACAGCUGGUACCAGCAUCUGCACAUCAACAAGAAGAUCACACGAGAGAAUGAAAUCCUUCUGCAACUCCCGGUCACUCUCCGCACAGCCAUUGCUGUCAGUGUUCACCUGCCCAUUCUGUCCAAGGUCACCAUCUUCCAGAACUGUGAGACCAGCCUGCUGGAGGAACUGGUGCUCAAACUCACUCCCCAGGUGUAUAGCCCAGGUGAGUAUGUAUGCAGGAAGGGUGACGUGGGACAUGAGAUGUACAUCAUUAUAGAGGGGAAGCUUGCUGUAGUGGCAGAUGACGGAGUCACCCAGUACGCUGUGUUGGGGGAGGGAAACUUCUUUGGAGAGAUCAGCAUCCUGAAUAUCAAAGGCAACAAAUCUGGUAACCGACGAACAGCCAACAUACGCAGCAUCGGUCAUUCUGACCUCUUCAGCCUGUCAAAGGAGGACCUGACGAACACGCUCUCAGAGUUCCCAGCUGCCAAACGCUUACUGGAGGAGAAAGGUCGACAGAUCCUUACCAAGAUGGGCAUGCUGGAGGAGCAAGGCGCUGACGGAGAGAGGGCGGAGGAGAAGACGGAGGAGAAGGUGAAGCGGCUGGAGGCCGCCUUGGAAACGCAGCAGACCAAACUGGCCAGGCUGAUGGCCGAGAUGGAGUCCAGCUUGCGUAAGAUGCUGCAACGGGUGGAGCAACUGGAGAUGCAGACAGAAGACUGGGAGGGCAUUGUAGCAGAGGGGGCAGGAGGAGAGGAAGAGAAGGAAGAGACGGUGAGAGAGGGAGAGCGAGAGCGAGAGCGAGAGGUGGGGGACGGGUCAGGAGAGGUCGGGGAGAGGGGGGAAGGAGACGGAGGAGAGGAGAACGAGAAGGAGAGGGAGGGAGGUCAGGAAGAGGAGAAGACUCAGCGAGAUAAAGACAGAGAAGGGGAAGGGAAGGGAAGUGAGGAGAUAGAAGAGGAAAAACAGACCAAGGAAUGA